UCGGACCGACGCUCUGCUCUCUGCUCAUUAACACAAUACAUGGAGAAACUACGACCCGGACGCUUGGAGGAGACACCGGAGCUACACAAACAGGAAUCAGGAUGGUCUAUACCCCGGCUCUACUCUUAGGACACGGAAUGUCCGCCUUGUCGGAAGAGGACAGUGUUGUAGAAAUGAUCGGAAAGUACUUCUUCCAGCUCACGUCCCCGGGCGGAGGGACGAGCUCUGCCCGGCGGGGGAGCGUCGAGAGCUGCGACGAGAAAGAGAGCAACUCUCCUUUUGCCAACUUGGAUGCUUGUUUGGAGCACGAACAGCGACUCAUCCGGCAGGAUGUGACCCAGCAGAUCGAGCGCUGUCUGACCGAGGCCAAGGCGUCCGUCCUCCACUGCAAGGUGCUGCUCCUGCCCCGACACAUGACCGCCAGGGUCGGCCAGGACGUGGUGCACGCCGCUGCCGACGAGCCCUGUGGGCUGCGGGGCGCCUCCAUCCAGCUCUACGUGCAGAGGAAAGACAGCCUGGAGCCCGUGGGGCGGAUCCACCCGGACCCGACGGUCACUCCGACCUUCGAGCUGUCCGUGGUCUUCAAGGCCGACAAGGACGACGGCUGGCCGCCGCUCAAGCACAUCUUCGAUACCAACAAAGUGCUGAAGCUGAAACCAGAGUACCGGCUAGUGAAGAGGAAGCUCUACUCCUCAGCCAGUCCUGUUAUACAUGAUUUCAACUAGAGUGGAUGAAACUUAGGAUGUCUUGGCAGAUUAUGUUGUGUUUUCCACUCCAAUUUAGUGCCUUGUUGUUCAUUUUAUGUAUGAAUGUUUGAGCAAGAGCCCUGCUGCUUGUUUGACCACACUGUCUUUGCACAUGAUGAAUGUUUAAGGUAUAAACAUGUUUGAGUCAGUCCAGGACUGAGCGGGUCUCACUCCAGUGUUGUGCUUAUGUUAUGUUAUUUAUAGAACUCUACAAUAAAAUUAUUUUUUUGGUACGAUA